GUGGACCUCUGGGUAUCAGCAGUAGGGAUGGUUGGAAGGAUGGAUGCAUCAAUAGUUUAUCAAGAUCAAAAUCUCUUCCUUCUUCAUCUAGUGUGUUUGGAAGUUUUAAAACAAGUAUGCGGUGUGAAACUGUACAUAAUGACAAGUAUCCGAUGCCAAAGGAUACAGUCCCGCACGAAAGACACCGUAUAGUAACUGGUAAUCUUGAUCUUAGAGAAGGUGUUCACAAACAGUCUAGAUCCAGAAACAAAACAUCUUAUUCGUCUCCCUCAAGUAGGGAAGCUCUUGACAUUUCACCUGAAACUCAUACUACUGAGAAUAAAGAUAGAACUGACUUGGAAGAGAACAAUCAAACCCAGAAGAAUGUUGCAGUCUUUGAGUCACCACCUAGUAAUGCUAUGGAUGCAAGUCCAGUUUCGGCAAAUUUGGUGGAUGUGGAUGCAUCCAAGCCUUCUGAAACUCCUGACGUGUUCCUUCCAGAAUUAUCAUCUCAUAUGUCGGUAGAAGGCUAUUCAUCUGGUGGACACCAAGAUAAUGCAAUUCCACAGGAACCCUCAAUCAGGCCACCCCAUGAACAGGCAGUCCCCUCUAACCAGUCUGUACCUGGAAUCGAAUCUCCUGCAAGCUCCAAGGAAGCUGAGCAGCCCAGUCCGGUUUCAGUUCUGGAAGUUCCUUUUACUGAUGAUGUGUCAUCUAGUUCUGAAUGCUUUGAGAGUGUCAGUGCUGACCUGCAAGGGCUUCGGAUGCAGCUUAAGCUACUGAAGUUGGAGUCAGAACCAUAUGAAGAGGGACACAUGGAAGUGUCGAGUGAUGAUGAAGUUGGUGAUGGAUCUACUGGGUUGUCAGAUGCAAGAGGAUUUUGUAAAGAUGAAAAGAGCUGGGAGUCUGUAUACUUGGCCGAUACCUUAACUGAAUCUGGUUUAAACAAUGCUGAUCCGGCUACCUUCUUGGCAAUGUGGCACACCCCAGAAUGUCCUGUGAAUCCUUUACUAUUCGAAGAACUGGAGAAGAAGUACUACGGUCAGACUUCUUGGCCAAAGCCCGAGAGGAAAUUACUGUUCGAUCGAAUCAAUUCAGGGCUCGUGGAGAUGUUUGAGCAAUUCACUGAUCCAUACCCAUGGGUAAGGCCUGCGAGCAAAAGAAUUGGUCCCAAGUGGAUUAAUCCAAGUGCAGCCGAAGAUGUUCUGUGCACAUUGCUAGCAAGCCAAGAAGAGAACGCGAACGAGGACAGUCUGGAGAAAGAGCUGCAACGUGACUUGCUGUGGCUGGAUUUUGGAGACGAAAUAGACGUAAUAGGUAGGGAAGUAGAGAGGAAGUUGAUAGAAGAGCUAGUAGCAGAGGUAGUGUAGAAGGCCAAAAAUUUCAACCGAAGUUUUUUCUUUUGUUUUUUUGGUCAAUAAGUUUAAAUAGAAUAUGUAAAUGAAGACUUGAAAUUGUAGUUUCAUGAGAAGAUGAAUAAAUGGGAUGGUCUUUGUUAGACCAAAAAUUGUUGGUA